AUGACAGUGGACGAAACGGUGGUCCUAAUCGGAGCCAUUCGAUCGGAAGAGCACGAUACAGUUUAUUCUAAAACAGAAUUUACAAUUACAGUGGAACAGAAUCUCCGGACCCUACCAUGGAUAAGGCGCCUACGGUUAGUAUCCAUCGGGCAUGUGUCCGCGGCGAAAUUUCGAUACGGUGGAAUUAGGAGAUCGAAGGUCACGGCGAGGAGGAAGAACGUUCUAUAUGAGGCUAUUAGAAGGAUGAACGUUGCUCCGAUCGGAUAUCAAGAUAUGGCGCGGGAUCCGAUGACGGCGGAGAUUGUUAGGAGAUUGGCGUUUGAACCGAGGAUAUGGAAGAAGAGUUUUACGAGGGCUAUGGUUCGACUGAGUAGGGUCGAUGUGAUCACGGGAAAUGCAGGAGAGAUUAGGAAGAAUUGUCGGCUUGUUAAUUAA